AUGGGAGGACCAGCCAGCCUCUCCAAGAGCUACUCUUUAUCCCUGCCUGUGUCUGUGAACUGGGAGGACCAGUUGCUCUGCCCCAUUUGCCUGGAGGUCUUAAAGGAACCCCUGAUGCUCCAGUGUGGGCACUCCUUCUGCAAGUCCUGCGUGGGGUCCCUCAUGUGCAGCCUGGACCAGCAGCUCCUGUGCCCUGUGUGCCGCCAAGCUGUGGACUGCAGCACCUUGCUGCCCAACGUCACGCUGGCCUGCGUCAUCGAGGCGCUGCGGAAUGGCGAUUCAGAUCCCAACCAGGAGUCCUGCCCUGUCCACCACAACCCCCUCAGCCUCUUCUGUGCAGACCAACAGGUGAUCUGUGGCUGUGCGGCAUCAUUGGGGGCUCACCGUCAGCAUAUCAUGCCUGUCGCUACCGUAUACAGCCGUAUGAAGGAGGAGCUUUCAGUGCUAAUAACAGAGGUCCAGCAGCACAAGAGGAAGCUGGAUGAGCACAUCAGCAAGCUGGUUAACAAUAAAACCCGGAUCGCAAAUGAGUCAGACGUCUUCAAGUGGGUGAUCCGGAAGGAGUUCCAGGAGUUGCACCGAUACAUUGACGAGGAGAAGGCCAGCUUCCUGGAGAGCAUUGAGAGGAAGGCUGGCCACCUCAUUGCCUCCAUUGAGUCCCAGGUCACGCAGACAUCAGACACCCUGCACAAGCUGCAGGAGAUGGAGAGCUCGCUGGAGAAACUCAAUAAUGAAAGUCAGCUGGAUUUCAUCCGGAACUACGGCUCAUUCCCCUCCAGGUCAGAAUUUCUCCCUCAGCACCCAGCUGAAGGAACCUUCAGCGCCAUCUCCUUUAAGCCAGGUUUCCACCAAGAUGACAUCAAGAUGACAGUAUGGAAACGUCUGCUCCGCAGAGUCCUGCCAGCCCCAGAGACACUGAAGCUGGACCCGGUGACAGGACACCCUCUGCUGGAGCUGACCAAGGACAACACUGUGGUGCAGAGCAGGCUUCUCUACCAGCACCGGGGCAGCAACCCUGAGCGCUUUGACUCCAGCAACUGCAUCCUCACCAGCAAGGGCUUCUCCUGGGGCAAGCACUACUGGGAGGUGAUCGUAGGCACCAAGAGCCACUGGCGCCUGGGCAUCAUCAAGGGCACAGCUAGCCGCAAGGGCAAGCUGAACAAGUCUCCCGAGCAUGGCGUGUGGCUCAUUGGCCUGAAGGAAGGAAAGGUCUACGAGGCUUUCAACAACCCCCGCACCACACUGCCGCUCACGGCCCGGCCCCAGCGCAUCGGCAUCUACCUGCACUACGAGAAGGGUGAGCUGACCUUCUACAACGCCGACAGCCCUGACGAGCUCAUCCCCAUUUACACCUUCUGGGCGGAGUUCCAGGGCAAGCUCUACCCCAUCCUAGACAUGUGCUGGCACGAGCGGGGCACCAACGCCCUGCCCAUUGUGCUGCCCACGGCCACCAUGAUUCGACACACACAAGCUCCCGACAGCAGCCUGGACCCACCGGAGCCCACAAAGCUAUAGAUCUCCACCCAGAGCCCCCCACCGUACCCACUGUUUGGGGAUUGUCAGACCUCUCUGAGCUGUGAUGCCCAGAUGGGGAGGGCUUAUAGCUGGUAUCGGUCUCUGCCAUUCAAGCCUCAGGGUUGGGAAAACAGGAUCUUUAUCCCUUAAGAGCAGAGAUAGGCAUGAACCAAACCAGCCUCUCCCCCCCCCCGGGGGAAUUCGGACAUGAUUGCUGCCAUUUGGACCCAUCCACACUGCUGUGUUCCACCUGUUUCUACCGCCUAUUCCCCGCCCAGACUCCUGUGUGGGGCACCAUAAUGACUGCUAGGGACUGAUGAUUGCGUCCCAGGCUAAGGAUCAUGUCGGAGCAGCAGGCACAGAGAGAAGUAUCCUGCCCCCAUGCACAUGGCCCCAGCUGUCCAGAAGUCAUAGAAUCAUAGACUAUCAGGGUUGGAAGGGACCUCAGGAGGUCAUCUAGUCCAAUCCCCUGAUCAAAGCCGGACCAAUCCCCCAAUUAGAGAGGAUGAAGACAGAAUCCGACCAACCAAGACAUGAUUGUCUCAGUCUGUGGUCAGAACUUUGCAUGGAGUGUCAGCUUCUCCUUAAACAAUCCUGUUCUCCCUCUCCAACCCGACUGUUCCACUUAACACCAAGGUCCACAUGCAUAUGUCCUUGUAUAGCCCCUAGGAUCUCCCAAUUCCACUACUCAACCCUGGCUCCCUUUAGCUCAUGCUUUCAAAUCAAGAGCCCAGAGUUCAUUCUGUCCAGGUGACCUGAUGUGGGGCAUCACUGCACACUGUUUAGUGGCUGGCUGGAAUUAAACAGCCAUCUAGCAUUAGUGUGGGUUGCCUAUGUGCCCUAGCUCAGGAGGCUUUCCCCAAACAUGAGAAAUCCACAGUGGAGCAGAUCCCUCUCUGUGUCUGCAGCGAGUUAACCCGGUGUGACAGAUUAGUUAAGUCUGUACUUGUCUAAAUGAAACUACAAACACCAUUUUAUGAACACCAUUUUGAGUGUAAACUGCACUGUAUCUUCACUGUUGUCUUUUUAUCUGCAUCUUGGACUGGGAUUUCUGGAAGUGUUAGCACAUGGCUAACAAUGCAGAGCAACAAGAGUGGUUAACCUGGUAGUUCCCCCAUCAAAUGGAAGCACCCUAGGACAGCAAGCAGCCUAUUUCCUAGGGGAACCAGAGCUCCCAGGUGGGCUUGUAAUCAAGUAAUGUAUCAGCUGACAAGGGACUUGAAGCCACUGAGGAGAGUCACCUGAUGGGAGGCAUUGGGACAUUAGAAAAAGAAGCCUCUCCCUUCAGCAAUUUCUGAGAGAGGCUAUCAGGCCCAGAAGGUAAGGUUGUAUAGUGGGUGGCAGGUAGAGGAGCAAAGGAAAGGAGGGUCCUGGGACCCUGAAAGGAAUUAGCAAAACUCAAAGGGCUCUGUGAGUGGUGUGAACACUGGAAAAAAAAUUCUGCUUGUGGGUUUUUGUUAGUUUCCAUAGAUCUGUAGAUCUCUAGUGCUUUAUCUGUGAGUAAAGGGUGAUUGAUUUAGAAAUUCCUUUUGUGUCCCUUGUGUUCGCUGUCACAUAGUUCCUGAAGGGGGAAACAGUCAUCCACAAAGUCCCCAACUUCAGAGGAACUCAGGGAACAUGCAACAACAUCAGUGGGACAAAUGGAAGAUGCAAGGGCAUAGUGAAUGACAUAAUCAGCAGUGUAGCACCGCUCAGACAGAGGAUGAAAUAUGUCACAAGUUUAUCAUAGAAAUCAGGUGGUGGUGAUGGGAACAUCCCAUCCUAGUUUUGUUUUCACUUCUGAUUUCUAUGGUAACAAGCUUGUCAUGCGUUUCAGUCUCAGCCCUAGGCCUGCACAGAAUUGCUUUUACUGAACAUUCACAAGUGCUUUUACCCAACCAUUAAUGGAGUGCCACAACUUCCCUGGAAGAAGCUGUUUCAU